CUUCUGGUGCAACCAUUACAUGUUCAGAUGUAUUAGCUCUAGAAGGAAACAAUACUUCUUUUAACAAAAACCUUAUUAUAUCAUCCUUUUUUUUAUCUCUAUAAUCCAAUUUGUUGAUGAAGAAAUCCCAAAUCGAUGGCCAAACCAGAGGCAAGAUCCGCAGGGAUACAUCUCAGGAAUAAAAUUACCAGGGCAAGGACCAACUCCAACAGAGUCAUUAUCAGCUUAUAUGUAGAAUCACCAAGAAAAUGUUCCCAUCAGAAAACUGGUGAUCUAAACAACAAAGCUAAGCAAAACCUAUUAUUCAGAAGGCCUCAGAGCACAAAAACAAAGUGUUAUGAUCGCCGGGCUGAGCUUCUAGCCUACGCUCGCGAGCUCAGAGACAGUGCUGCCUGUCAUCAACAGGAACGGUGGCCUAGAAGGAUCUCAUCAAGACUCAAGUCUGAGAAGUUGAAAUGGUCAAGUGCACCAGUGAGGAUCCAAGCAUCAAUUCAGAAGAUUUUUCGACGAAAUGAAAAGCAAUAUAGGUAUGAGAAAAUUGUAUCAGAACAGAAUAGUGGAGUAUUCCGGGAAUUCCAUAGCAGAAAGAAAAAGACUCCCAGAGGCAACAUUGCUUCUACUUUCUGUAAGAAAUUAAAGCGAAUGCUCAAGGAGUUAUCAUGCGGGUUGACGUGCAGCAAAAGGUGAUAUUGAUCGAAUUUGGCUGAUAGGGGCUUGGCAACGAGUGAUGCUACUGUUGUCUAAUGCUUGAUCGCGGAUGGAGUUAAUUUAUUUCAAUUACGUAAUAUUACAUAUAUGAUUGUAUCCCAGGAAAAUUUUCUUAAUUUAAUGCAGAUCCAUCGACUUCAA